CCUUGUUUUGUGCGUCACAUAUAGCCAACUGGCAGCAGCAAACCUAGGCACGCGUUCAGUGCGUACGAGUGCACGACAACCAGGAGGCAGUGCGCCGAUCGAACGAGAACGAAAGGACUCAAACAGAGGCAGAGACCGCAUGCUGUUGACGAUCUGUGGGCACAAUGAACAUCGAUAAGCUCCGCACUAAGGCGGAGGGUCUGGUGACCCAGCUCACGGUGAAGGAUGAGUGUGAGAAGAGGGUCCUGGAUGCUGUCUCCAACAACAAGUACGCUGCACCACGCUCCUUGCUGAACGAGGUGGCCGAGGAUACGUUCGCUCACGACAGAUACGGCACGGUAAUGCGGGUGGUGUGGAAAACUAUCGACUCGCCACCGCGGAACUGGCGGUCCAUCUCGAAGGCGCUGGUUCUGGUGGAUCACCUCGUCAAGCACGGCGCGGAGAGGGUAGUGGCCGACGUUCAACAGCACGUUCACGAGAUCGCUUGCCUCAACGAGUUCAGAUACGUUGAGAAUAUGUACGACACGGGCGGCGGUGUUCGCGAGAAGUCCCGGGAGCUGCUGAGUCUGAUGGACAAUCCGGAUCUAAUCCAGGCCCAGCGUCGCAAUGCUAGAGACCUGAAAUCCCAGUACAAUGGCUACGGGGGCGACAUGCCACCAAGGCUAUCCGGCGGCAGCGGAGGCGGUUCACGUCCCCCCCACGACUCAUCCGAAGGCGCCGGCGGCAGCGGCAGAAACAGCGGCGAAAUUAUUGACGAUUGGAGGGCCGGGUACGACCGCAGUCCGACGCCUCCACAGAUCGACGCGAGGAGGACUGUUGGCGGCAGGUCGGAGUCGAUCGACUUCGACGAGGGUAGGGAAGGGUACAGCGGGAGGCUUAGCCGGUUCCAGGAACAGGAGAAGAGGGAGGCCAGACUGGCGUCGGGGGGGCGCAGGGGCAGUCGGGACAGCGCCGAAGGCGCUAGCUCAACCGCACCAAGAGCAGGCGGUGCUGGCGGCAAGGGUGCCUCAGCGUCCAAGAAACGCACAGAUGGCAAGAAGCAGUCGUCGGGGCCGGAUCUACUGUCCGGGGAUGAUCCGUUCCCGGUAUCGGCGCCUCCGCAGCCGCAGAACGAAUUCCCGUCGUUCGAUUCCUUUGCUGCGGCGCCGCAGGCCUUUCAGGGCGGCGCGCCCGUGGCGCCGGGUGCUUGGGAUGGGGGAGCGGGCGUGCCGCUGCAACAGCAGCAGCAGCAGCAGCAGCAGCAGCAGCAGCAGCAGCAGCUGGCUCCAGGUUUACAGGCGGGUCAAAUGGUUCCGUAUGGGCAAGGGGCUCCUGUGCCACAAAAUCAACAGCAGCAGCCAAUGCAGCCCGGGAUGCAGGUUCAGGGCCAGACCGGCUGGGGUCAGCAGACAUUGCAAGGGCAGCAGGGGAUGCAGCCGCAGGGGAUACAGCCGCAGGGGAUGCAGCAGCAGGGCGGGUACAUCCAAGGACCGGGUGUACAGUUCCCUGGGCAGCAGGGAGUGCAACAGCAGCAGUAUGGUCAGUUGCAACAGCAGAUGCAACCCUCGCCACCACAACAGCAGAUGUAUCAGCAGUACCAGCAGCAGCAGCAGCAGCAGCAGCAGCAGCAGCAGCCGAUCCAGCCUCAACAGGCAUUUCAUCCUCAACAACAGCAGCCCUACCAACAGCCGCAGCCCUUUCUGCAGCAGCAACCCCAGCAACCUUACCAACAGGCAAUGCUGCCCUUGCAGCAACAGCAGCCGCAGCAGCCUCCUGCCCAGGCCCGGCAGCCACAACUUGAUCCCCAGGCGCAGCCUCCACAAAUACAGCAGCAACAACAGGAUCGUAGCUACGUCCAACAGUCGUCACAGCAGCCUCCUCCUCCUCAGGCUCAGCAGCCGCAAGCUGCUGCUCAGCAAUCCACCCAACCCCAGCCGCUGGCACACAAACCUUCAGGCCCAGGAAGCUCCCAGCAAGAGAGCUCUACUACUACUACUCCCUCCGCUGGAAAGGAUUGGGUGGCGACAGAGGUAGUGAGGGCAGGCAUCGGCGGGAUCGACCUAGCCGCGGCGGUCGGAGGGCUCCGGCAGACCGGGUUCAAGCCUUCGGACAUCGGGGGCAAGACCGAGUUCUCGGGCCAGGGGCAGCGGGGCAGCGACGGCCGGCACGUGGCGGCGCCGCCGCUGGCCCAGCAGCAGCAGCGCACGGCGUACCUGGCUCCCCCCCAGCCGUCGGUGGAGUACGUCGAGGAAGGGCAGGAGGAGGAGGUCGUAGUCCGCGCCAGCACGAGGGAGUUCUUGGGCGCUCGCUCGGGGCUGAACAAGACGGGGCUGAGCGGCCGUCUGCAGGAGACGCCGCAAGAACCACCGCAGCCGCAGCACCAGCAGCACCAGCAGCAGGCCCCAACCCCGGGGGCCGCAUCGACGAGGCCCUCUUACCAAGGAAUCCCGCAGGCAGGGCAGCGGCAGGGGUUGCCGCAGCAGGAACAGAGGCAAGGUGGAGGUGCAGGCGGGGGGCAGCCUCCCAGCUGGCAAACCCGCCAGGGAGAGCUGAAGACCACGGGGCUCAUAGCAGGCGGCGGUGGUGGUGCGGCACAACCGGGGGCUUCGGGUCAACAGGGAUCCGCGCCCUGGCAGCAGGGUGCCGCGGGUUUGAGGCGGACGGGUUUGUAGCCUCAUGGAAGUGGCAGGCCUACACGCGUUACCAUGGGUCACUGUGCCAAUGCGUGUGAUUGUACUCAUCGGCGCUUUGCACCCCUCGGAGCUUUCUCACUGGCUUGCGAUAGACAGUACUUCCGCACCGGUAUCGGUGAUUUAGUACGUUGUACCUUUCGUGUGCAUACCUGGGUGCGAUAACACCGGCAAGACUCCGCUUCGGAGUAAUCGCACCCCCGUGAAAAGCCCGCCUUGGUCGGAAGUAGUUUGCGGUUGAAAUGGUGAGUCUCGUGCAGCAGGCCUUGCUGCAGGCGGGGUAGGACUGGUUGUUAGAAGGGGUUGGAGAGGGGGGUGUGCCUUUCACAAGCUAAAGGGUUCUUCGGGAGUGUUGUGUGUCGAACGUGAGUUGGGUAGGGAAAACCGGGAAGCAUUCCGAGUUUUGAGGUGAUGGGUGACAACGGGAGGGUCCGCCCUCCACUGUCGAGCGUCGCUUCCUCGUGAGAACGUUGUUGCCCUUGCUGUUUUGCAUGGUUUUGCGUUGUCAACAAUCGGCACGCCUGCUAAGUAGUGACGUAAAAAUUUGAUUAAGCCACCCGCUGCUUGAAGAGUUGUUUUGUUUCAAGCGGGACUGGAUAGUGUCUAGGGAGGUGGUCUCCCGCAAUCAAUCGUUUGUCCAUGUUUUGGCGUAACUGCGAUCGGUAUUGUCUCGUCCGUUGUCCACACAAAGUCUCACGUGGCUUUUCCAGAGUUUGCAGACCCCAUCUUCAAGCGUGAGCAAGCCUUGUAGUCUACGGUUGUACAGUAGUACCAUAGCGAUGUUUGUAUGGAUUCCCGUACGAUAGUCUUGCCUGCUUGGCUGCCUGUUUGUGUAGAACGGAUGGAAUCCUCCAUCCCCCACGAAAUGAUCGAUUUCCAGCCCGACCUGGCAGCACUGCUCAAUGAGCAUGCUCACAAACUAGUUGUUGAAGCUCGUCAAGGGUUGAGUGUAAUACGCCGGCAUUCAUCAUGGCGUCUGUGAGUUGGCGCCAGGACAAAAACAAAAAAGGGAGACGGCUCUAGCUCUACGUUGGAGAGGC